ACACCUCAUUCUUUCUCUUCAGUCUUCAUUCUUCAUUUCGAUUUGAUUAGCAAGCCGGCCGGCCAUGAGGAUGAUGAUAGACUUGGGGAGGCAGAGAGGCCCUCUCUACAUAAUAGACACUCCCACCUCCGUUGACUGUGGCCGUGAAGUCAGGUUCCGCCGCUCCUUCCGCUCCCUAGUUGAGUGUAUGGUCCCUUGUUGCGGCUUCCAACCAUCUGAUCAUAACGAUUCCCUUUCUACCGACACCCAAUCCUCAACCUUAACGGGCACCUUCUUUGGGUACCGUAAAGGUCGUGUCAGCUUCUGUCUCCAGGAUGACACGCGUGGCUCUCCCCUUCUCCUCCUCGAGUUUGCAGUCCCCACCGCGUACCUCGCCAGAGAGAUGCAGUCCGGUAUGUUGAGGAUCGCACUGGAGUGUGAUAGACAAAAGGAGAGAUCUUGUUCGCUUUACGGGGUGGCAGUGUGGUCUAUGUACUGCAACGGAAGGAAAGUGGGGUUUGCUAUUAGGAGGCAAAUGGGUGCGAAUGAUGCGGAGGUGCUCAGGCUGAUGCAGUCUGUCUCCGUUGGCGCGGGGGUUCUUCCUAUUGCACCCAAGUCAGACUCAGAGGAUGGAGACCUGAUGUACCUGCGAGCUAGCUUCGACAGAGUGAUUGGGUCGGUUGACUCAGAGUCGUUUCACAUGCUUAAUCCAGGGGCAGGGGGGAGCUCCGGCCAAGAACUUAGUAUAUUUCUGCUCAGAUCCUGAUCCUAAUCCUAAUCCUAAUCCUAAUCCUAAUGGAUGUGCCUACAUAUGGUAGUGUGUAUAUACUACAGUUCAUUAAUUAUAUAUGUUCCAACCAUGCCUCAAUCAUUCUAUUCGACCUAUUGUUAGCAAACUUCACCGUCACUACAAGAACGUUAGAAUCAUAAUAUGUGAUGCAGGAAAUCAAUUACUCCGGAUCCU